UGCUUUCCUGUUGUAAAAUUCGUAAAUCUGAUUGGCAUAUACUGUUAGAUUCAACCAAGUUGAAAAGAAUAUAGUAAUCGUACUGACGAAUUUUAUAACAGUUACAAAAUAGCUUUCUCUGCUGAAUGUAGCCAUUGUUGUUUGGUGUGAAACUGACUAUAUCUAUGUCUGAGAAGAAGAACUGGAAGGAGAACAAUAAUUUCAAAACUUGACAACAAGGAGACAGGAAACUCUUCUUAUUAUAUAAUUCGUUAUCGAUAUAUUCCUCGAAAGAAAAUGUCCACUAGAACUACAUACAAAUUAAAAUGCUUGUCAGUAAUGGAAGUAGUUGAAAGUUCUAGCAAUUUUGAAGAUACGAUAAAACCUAGUGACGAAUUUUUGCAAGUUUUCAAAUUAACACGCUCAUGUAAAGAUCAAAGUAACUUUAAAAAACAAAUGAGGACAAUAGAAAUAAAAAUGGACAAAUUAUUUCUUAAAGUAAUUAACUCGCAAGACACAAAAUUUGAAGAUAUUAUAACACUUGCAUAUAGUUGUCAUCAUUUAUGUUUUGCAUACAUAAAGUCAGAUCAGACAAAAAAGCUAUCUGCUGCUAAAGAUUCCAUUCUGCGCUGUUUACAUUUCAUAAAAGAUAAAGAGGUGGAUCCAAAAAUUAUUUUGCUGACUUUAAAAGCAUAUAACCUUUUAAGCCAUAUUUAUCAGAAACAACAGAAGCUGGAGAAUGCUAUAGAAGCACUUGAUAAAGCUAUAGAUUUAUAUUUGAUAUAUAUGGAAGAACAUAGCAAGUACGAUAUUCCUAUCGAUUAUGAAGAUAUUAUUAUUAAACCAUCUGAACAAAUAAAUGGUUAUAUAAAAUUAAAAUGUUUAUAUAUGCACAUUUUACAAACAUCAACAGAUAUACAUUUAAAGAUGAAAUCAAAAGCUAAUGAAAGUUUUAUGCUAUCUCGUCAUUUACUUUUAAUCGAAAAAUUGAAUUGUUUACUAACAACUGAAGAAUAUGUACAGUGGAUUGAAAAAGCAACGACAGUAUGCAAUUACUUAAUCAUGGGUAACCGUUUCGCAGAAGCUAAAAAUUACCUUGAGAAAUUAUAUUUUAUACAAAAAGCUUUACAUGCAAAAUAUUUUGAUACUUUGGAAAAGGGACUUCCUUCGCAAACAUCCAUGUUAUUAAACCAAAGCGCAUUUACGUUCAAGUUAGUUAUAUCGUGUUACGUGAGGAACAAUAUUACGCUUUUCUAUCAGUCGGUGAAACGACUGCUACGGUUAGAAACAAACCAACAUUCUGAGGCUGACAACUCAAUAAUUAAAGAGCUAAAAUCGGUGGGGCGGGCAUCACGGAGAUUAUUAAUAUUCUAUCCAGAUAUGAAAGAGAAUUUCGACAAUACGUACCAUGCGACCCGGUUUGCGUACAUACUAAAAUAUAACGAAGCUCUGAAACAGUUUAUCGAUAUUGUGAGGAUAAUUUACAAUUCAAAGCUACACCUUAACUUCGUCGGGGAUGUAAAAUUAUGUAUUCGAUGUAGAUUAUACAUUUCUAACGCAUACAAAUAUAUGGCAUUCUAUGAAAAGGACACAGCCACUCAGUUUUUACUACGGAAAGGGGGCGCAGAAACUUUAGAAGAAGUUGCAAAUGUUUUAGGAGAUAGGAAUGAUUGUAAAUUACUGAGACUCUUAUGGCUUCAACUGUCAAUUGCUUAUUCUACCCUGAUAGACAUGAAACUAGACGAUAUAGAGGCAAGUUACCUACCAUAUUUGCCCCAAAGUUAUUUUGCACUUGAAAUUGAUGAAAUUAAUAUUCUAGUAGCGAAGAGCUCAAUAUUCCUACAAAAGUAUAUGUGUUCUAAAUAGAUAGUCACGAUGUUGAUGUCGGAUAUCUCAUUCGGCACAAAAUGACAGUAAUCUUAUAACGAAUAACCGCGCAGACUUGGGAAUAGUGACUAGCACUCAUGACAAUUUAAUAUCAUCAAAAAUUAACUUCGGAAAAGAUGUGUUCAAACCGCUAUGCAAACGAGUAUACAUUAAAGUUUAUACACCCAAUAAAAAAUUUUUCAUACAAUUAUGUAAAAUUUUAUAAAAUUAUUUGUAUGUAAUUAUACAUAUAAUUAAGCAUAAUUGUGCUUAAUUAUAUAUAAUUAUGUAUAAUUUAAUAUGAUUAUAUAUAAUUGUACAUAACUAUGUAUGGACAAAUUUUAUAUAUAAUUAUGCAUGGAAAAUUUUUCAUCGGGGGCAAUUAUCGUUGAAAUUGCCGAAUUAUUAAAGGUGAUCUUAAUAAAUUUAAUUUUGUAUAUAGAAUCUUAAUUGAUAAUUACGAUAAAUAAUGAAUUUGACAAUAGACCAAAUUCUUUCCAACAAUUUUAAUUUCUUUCGGUCUACUCCUUUUUAUAACUAAUAACAUACCUAUAAAAGUGCGCACUUCGACAAACUUUGCAUCAUUUUGCGUAACUUAUAAGAGAACAGGAGAUUUUAUGCGUAUACGGACAAUGAAAAGUGUAAAAAACGUUAAAAAUUUAGGCGCAAAUAAAAUAAAAUAUACAAUGCA